AAGUGAGAAUGUGCGUCUCUCCAUCGCUCCAGCUGGGCAGCCUUGCUGGCUCCUCUCCUCACGGACAGUGUGUUUGUGUGUGAGUGUGUGUGAGUGUGUGUGUGUGAGUGUGAGUGCGAGUGUGUGAAAGUGGGUGUGAGGAGCUGAGCGAGUCGGUCGCUGUGCACGUUGAGAGUGGCCGCCACUCCACUACUCUCCGCUCAUCCAUGCUGGAUUAAAAAAACAGAAACCCCCUUUUUGGACUUGUACACACAGCUGUUUGGGACACACACACACACACACACACACACACACACACUCACAGCUGCUGAGAUGAGCGAGGAGGUUAAAGAGAAGGCUACGGGGAAGUCGGCUCAUCGCAAGAAGAAAGGAAAGAAGACGGACGUAAAUGCCUGUUAUCUGCGAUCAGCUCGGGCCGGGAACCUGGAGAAAGCUUUGGACUACCUGAAAAAUGGAGUCGACAUCAACAUAUGCAAUCAGAACGGCCUGAACGCGCUUCAUCUGGCCUCAAAGGAGGGACAUGUGGAGGUGGUGGCUGAACUCAUCAAGCAGGGCGCCAACGUGGACGCAGCAACCAAGAAAGGAAACACAGCGCUGCACAUAGCUUCUCUCGCCGGACAGACGGACGUGGUGAAGGAGCUGGUGACACACGGAGCCAACGUCAACGCACAGUCUCAGAAUGGCUUCACUCCGCUCUACAUGGCGGCGCAGGAGAACCACAUGGUUGUGGUCCAGUAUCUAUUGGACCACGGCUCCAGUCAGAGCAUCGCCACCGAGGACGGUUUCACUCCCCUGGCGGUGGCGCUGCAGCAGGGCCACGACCAGGUGGUUUCCCUCCUGCUGGAAAACGACACCAAGGGGAAGGUCCGCCUCCCGGCGCUGCACAUCGCCGCACGGAAGGACGACACCAAGGCCGCCGCCCUCCUCCUCCAGAACGACCACAACGCCGACGUGGAGUCCAAGAGCGGCUUCACUCCUCUUCAUAUCGCGGCUCACUACGGAAACAUCAACGUAGCAACGCUGCUGCUGAACCGAGGAGCAGCUGUGGACUUCAAGGCGAGGAACGACAUCACGCCGAUGCACGUAGCGUCCAAACGAGGGAACGGCAACAUGGUGCGACUGCUGCUGGAGAGGGGCGCCAAGAUAGAUGCACGGACCAAGGACGGUCUGACUCCUCUUCACUGCGGAGCCAGGAGUGGUCACGAGCAGGUGGUGGAGAUGCUGCUGGACAGAGGAGCUCCGAUACUCUCAAAGACCAAGAACGGUUUGUCUCCCCUCCACAUGGCGACGCAGGGCGACCAUCUCAACUGCGUCCAGCUGCUGCUGCACCAUGAGGUGCCCGUGGACGACGUGACCAACGACUACCUGACGGCGCUGCACGUAGCUGCCCACUGCGGACACUACAAGGUGGCAAAGGUCAUCGUGGACAAGAAGGCCAACCCCAACGCCAAGGCUCUGAAUGGUUUCACGCCGCUGCACAUCGCCUGUAAGAAGAACCGAGUCAAGGUGAUGGAGCUGCUUCUGAAGCAUGGAGCAUCCAUACAGGCCGUCACAGAGUCGGGUCUGACUCCGAUCCACGUCGCUGCAUUUAUGGGACAUGAAAACAUCGUCCACCAGCUGAUCAACCACGGAGCUUCACCCAACACAAGCAAUGUGAGAGGGGGGACGGCGCUCCACAUGGCGGCGAGGGCGGGACAAUCGAACGUGGUCCGAUAUCUGGUCCAGAACGGCGCUCGAGUGGAUGCCAAGGCCAAGGACGACCAGACGCCGCUGCACAUCUCGAGUCGUCUCGGUAAACAGGACAUCAUCCAGCAGCUGCUCGCCAACGGAGCGCACCCGGACGCCACCACCAGCUCCGGGUACACACCUUUGCACCUGGCCGCCAGGGAGGGACACCGAGACGUGGCCGCCACGCUGCUGGAUCAAGGAGCGAGUCAGGCCAUUACUACGAAGAAGGGCUUCACUCCUUUACAUGUCGCAGCAAAGUACGGGAAGAUCGAGGUCGCCAACCUGCUGCUGCAGAAAAACGCUCCGGCCGACGCAGCUGGGAAGAGUGGACUAACUCCACUGCAUGUGGCGGCGCACUAUGAUAACCAGAAGGUGGCGCUGCUCCUGCUCGACCAGGGAGCCUCGCCGCACGCUGCUGCGAAGAACGGUUACACGCCGCUCCACAUUGCGGCUAAGAAGAACCAGAUGGAGAUAACCACCACGUUGCUGGAGUACGGCGCCUCCACCAACACGGUGACGCGGCAGGGAAUCACUCCUCUGCACCUCGCGGCGCAGGAAGGAAACGUGGACAUCGUGACGCUGCUGCUGGCUCGAGAUGCUCCGAUCGACACGGGCAAUAAGUCUGGUCUGACUCCGCUCCACCUGGCUGCUCAGGAGGAUAAAGUCAACGUGGCUGAGGUCUUAGUCAACCAGGGAGCGACUGUUGACCCUGAGACCAAGCUGGGAUACACUCCUCUUCAUGUGGCCUGUCACUAUGGCAACGUGAAGAUGGUCAACUUCCUGCUGAAAAAUCAGGCGAAGGUCAACGCCAAGACCAAGAACGGUUACUCUCCUCUGCACCAGGCUGCACAGCAGGGACACACACACAUCAUCAACUUACUGCUGCAUCACGGAGCGUCGCCCAAUGAGCUCACCACUAAUGGAAACAGUGCUCUGUCCAUCGCCCGGCGGCUCGGCUACAUCUCUGUGGUGGACACACUCAAAGUGGUCACAGAGGAAACUCUGACCACUCAGACGGUGACGGAGAAGCACCGGAUGAACGUUCCAGAGACCAUGAACGAGGUGCUGGACAUGUCCGACGAUGAAGUCCGUAAAGCCAAUGUCCCCGAAAUGAUCACAGAGGACUAUUUAUCUGAUGUGGAAGAAGGUGACGAUGCCAUGACGGGGGACACAGAUAAAUAUCUGGCCCCCCAGGACCUGCGGGAGCUGGGGGACGACUCGCUCCCUCAGGAGGGCUACAUGGGCUUCAGUGUCGGGGCCCGGUCACAGAGCCUGCGUUCCUUCAGUUCUGAUAGGUCCAACACGCUGAACCGCAGCUCGUUCACCCGGGACAGCAUGAUGAUCGAGGAGAUGCUGGCGCCCAAUAAGGAGAUGCACUUGGCGGUGGCCAAGGACUUUGACAGCGACUCUCUGAGGAGGUACAGCUGGACAGGGGACGCUCUGGAUAACGUCAACCUCGUCUCCUCGCCGGUACACUCUGGGUUCUUGGUCAGCUUCAUGGUCGACGCCAGGGGCGGCUCCAUGAGGGGAAGUCGCCACAACGGCAUGCGCAUCAUCAUCCCGCCGAGAAAGUGCACGGCGCCCACCAGGAUCACGUGUCGACUGGUGAAGAGGCACAAGCUGGCGUCGCCUCCUCCGAUGGUGGAAGGAGAAGGCCUGGCCAGCCGAUUGGUCGAGGUCGGUCCGGCGGGAGCUCAGUUCCUCGGGCCAGUGAUAGUGGAGAUCCCUCAUUUUGGCUCGCUGCGGGGCCAGGAGCGAGAGCUGAUCCUGCUGCGCAGCGAGAACGGAGAAACCUGGAAGGAGCAUCUGUACGACUGUAAGAACGACGACCUCAAUCAUCUCCUGAAUGGGAUGGAUGAAGAACUGGACACUGCAGAUGAGCUGGAGAGGAAGAGGAUAUGCCGCAUCGUCACGAAGGACUUCCCUCAGUACUUUGCUGUGGUGUCUCGGAUAAGACAGGAGACCAAUCACAUGGGACCAGAGGGCGGGACGCUGUGCAGCCGGAGCGUCCCAUUGGUUCAGGCCUCCUUCCCUGAGGGGGCGCUAACCAAGAAGAUCAAAGUUGGACUGCAGGCUCAACCAGUCCCCGAUGAGACUGUUAAGAAAAUCCUUGGUAACCGAGCAACCUUCAGUCCUAUCGUUACCGUGGAGCCCAGGAGACGGAAGUUCCACAAACCCAUCACCAUGACAAUCCCAGUCCCGCCCCUCUCGGGGGAGGGGCUUACCAACGGCUACAAGGGAGACUGCACCCCCUGCCUUCGCCUUCUCUGCAGCAUUACAGGUGGAACGUCCCCGGCACAGUGGGAGGACAUCACCGGCACAACUCCUCUCACCUUCAUCAGUGACUGCGUCUCCUUCACCACCAAUGUUUCUGCCAGGUUCUGGUUGGCCGACUGUCACCAGAUCCCGGAGACGGUGGGUUUGGCCAUGCAGCUGUACAGGGAGCUGAUCUGCGUGCCCUACAUGGCCAAGUUCGUAGUGUUCGCUAAGAUGAAUGACCCAGUGGAGUCCAAACUGAGGUGCUUCUGUAUGACGGACGACAAGGUGGAUAAGACCCUGGAGCAGCAGGAGAACUUCGAGGAGGUGGCCAGGAGCAAAGACAUAGAGGUUCUGGAGGGCAGGCCCAUCUAUGUGGACUGCUACGGAAACUUGUCUCCUCUGACUAAGUCUGGUCAGCAGUUAGUUCUCAACUUCUACGCCUUCAAGGAGAACCGUUUGCCCUUCUGUGUCAAGGUGAGAGACCCGAGCCAGGAGUCCUGCGGUCGUCUCACUUUCCUCAAAGAGUGUAAGACCAUAAAAGGUCUUCCGCAAACGGCCGUGUGCAACCUGAACAUCGUGCUUCCUGCGGUGAAACAGACUGAAAAGCCAGAGCGACGUCAUACCUUUGCAUCUCUAGCCUUACGUAAGCGCUACAGCUAUCUGGCCGAGCCUGCACUGAGCCCUCAGAGUCCCUGUGAGAGAACAGACCUCCGCAUGGCCAUAGUAGCCGACCACCUCGGACUCAGCUGGACCGAGCUGGCCAGGGAGAUGGAUUUCUCUGUGGAGGAAAUCAACUUAUUCAGAGUGGAAAACCCCAAUUCCCUGACAGAGCAGAGUUUCAUGCUCCUAAAGAAAUGGGUGCACAGGGAUGGUAAAAAUGCCACAACGGACGCUUUAACUGCGGUGCUGACUAAGAUCAAUCGGUUGGAUAUUGUGACUUUGCUGGAAGGGCCCAUAUUUGACUACGGUAACAUUUCAGGCACACGCUGCUUUGCCGAUGAUAACGCAGUAUUCCCGGAUCAGUCCGAUGGGUACCACAAUAUAGAUCUGGAGCUGAAAACCCCCACAGACCUGAACUACCUGCCCCCCACCCCGCUGCGCUCAGACGACUUCUUUAGCGAAGGCGAAUUUAGCGUAGAUUCCCCUAGCAAGACCACGCUCACUAGACCUAGCGACCUCUCGCUCACACAGACCACCAGUACCUCCAGCAGCAGCCCCCCGACCGUCGCCCAGGGCCCUGGCCCCGGAGCCCCGGAGCCCCCCAUCGUUGGGGCAGAAGACACGACCCUGACCGCUAGAGAAAGCCUGGAAGAGAAGACGGGAGUGGCUUCUUAUAAGAGGCCAGGUAAUGACAGAAGAACAGUAGAGAAAUCAGGAAAUGGGACAGAGGCAGGGCAAGAUGUUGCUUUGGAGGGACACCAAGAAGCACGUGCUGCCUCAGACACUGUUUUUGGAAAUGGAGGGCAGGAUGAAGAGGAAGAAGAGGAGGAGAUGACCCAGGAGAGGCUGCAGAGUCUGCUGGAGGACAUAAAGCUGGAGGGAGGCCUGGAGGACGAGGAGAUGACAGAGGAGAGGGUGAACGCCAUCCUGGAACAAGUGCGGCAAGCAGAAAAAGUUGUGUGUUCAGUUCCAGGUUGGAGAGGAGAGAUGUCCGACGCCACCGCAGAGUCAUCAGCACUGCACGGCGCCGAGGGGGGCAGCCCUGACAGUCUGGCGGAUUCACUGGAGCAGCCGCUGCCUCCGACCACCAGACAGAACGGGGGUCAAAGUGGCGCAGCCAGGGAAGCUAAGGACAAGGAGGCCAAGAGGAAGGAGGACAGCAGCACCGCGGGACCAAGCAGAGGACGGGACGAGGCCGGAGACAGGUCCCAGCACAAAGUCCAGGGGAGCGUCAGAGCUGAGGAGUCCAGCUCUGACGAGGAGACCACUGUCACCACCCGGGUGUUCCGCAGACGGGUCAUCCUCAAGGGAGAGGAGGCCAGAAACAUUCCUGGAGAGUCUGUGACGGAGGAGCAGUUCACAGAUGAAGACGGGAAUCUGGUCACCAGAAAAGUGAUAAGAAAGGUGGUGCGUCGCGUGGUCACCUCAGAAGAAAGGAGGGAUAGUGAAGGCGCUGGUGGUGGUGUUGCUGGUGGUGGUGGUGUAGCAACAGGUGGAGCAGACGCUGCUUCUCCUUCUCCUGGAGCAGGAGCCUCGGGGGGGAAGGGCAAGAAGAGAGGGAAACGCUCCAGACAGGGCCACAAGGCGGAGAAGUCUGGAGAGGAGGCCCAGAGAGGGAAAACCGAGUCUGGAAACGGCGCCAACAAGAAACAAGGGAAGAAGAGUCAGUCAUAACGGCGGAGCUCUGAACUGAACCUGGUCCACGGACGUCCACCUGCGACACCACACACGCCCUUCGGAGGAGAAACGGACUCAAGUCCCUGAAAAACAAAGACGACGCCUUGUCAAUCAGCCAAAUUACGUGUCUGACGCUUUCCCUCUACAACGCAUGGUCUUCUUCAAUUCAAGACGACGCAAAAACAAGUUACUUUCCUUUGAUUUCGCAUGAGCAUGUCACCAAACUCACUCACUCACUGUCCGGGAAGCGACACCGAAGGACACGCACGGACGUGAGCUGGAACUUUCUUUUCGUCUUUCACGACGCGAAACGUCUGUGGCCAAAGACGGCGUCGACGGGGAAAACACUAAAAGAUAAAGGAAGACGUGCGAUUCACUCUCUCUCUCAGACACUCGCCUUAUAUGGUCUAUUUUCUCCUCCUGGACCCCCAGUGUUGGGCUGUACCACGUUGUUCUUUUUAAAAAAAAAAAAAAAAUGAAAUAUAAUAGUAAAUGGGGGUAUUUUCUUGUAUAUAAAUGACACUGUAUAAAAAUCUUUUAAAGAAAAAAAUCAGUAGCUCCACAGAUUGUUUAUGCACUGAUUUGAGUUGAAGCUUCGCAGAGUGGAUGCGUUUGUAUUGAGGUCGGCAGCGUGAGACCUGACGUGCUCGUCCCAAAGGAAACCAUUAAGAAAAAACUCUAUGUAAACAGGGAAACAAAUGAAAAAAAAAAAAAUAACUGCUUGAUUUUCAAACGGACGUUUCUUUACAGCAGCUUCUUCCGCUCCGUCUGUGGAACAUUGUCGUCAGAGAAAUGAUGAUGUUGCUGCAUGUGACGUCGGGUUACUUUAACGCUUUUACUUUCGUUUCUCCCCUAAUUCAAAUGCACUGUAAUAGGAUCUGGUAAUUCUGUCACAAUAACUCAACCACCUGUCAUCUAUUACUGUUUUUAGUUUUUUAUAACACACACACACACUCACACACACACACUCCGCACUCAAGCAGCAAGAUAACAAAGCUUCAUUUUUACGCUUCGGCAAGUUACUGAGUGUCCCUGAAUGUAACCUGCACUCCGCCACAUUGCAUUUCCUCCAUACUGCUCGCAGCCCCGUGUGUGUGUGACAUUAAAUAAAAACCUCUUUCUGUAUCUCGUCUAUCAGGCAAACUAGAAGUGAGAGUGUCGGCUUUUACGUUCUGCUGUGGUUUUUUAACAAGGGGACUGUUUUAUUUUGACGGUUUGAUGAUUUCUAUCUUUAUUUCCUUUUACACUAGAACAGAGGAUUGAAUUUUUUUUAGCCCCGUCACUCGAAGCUGAUCCUUUUUAUUAACGACUAAAAUCACCAAAAAAUAAUCAGUGUUGAUGUAACAUUAAAAUAUCGGAUUUUCUGUUCUUCUGUAAAUCUGUUUAAUUUUAUUUUUCAUUUGUCUUUUUUUCAUACAAAGCCACCGUAAGAAUCCAUUGUUGAUGAUAAAUCUGGUACCGACAUGUAUGAUGAACCGACAUAGCUUACACUGGAUGAUCCAAGUAAUUAUUUAAGCAGAAAAAUAAAUUGUGUUUAAACUACA